AUGAUAGAACCAGAAUCUGAUCCAUCUAAAAUAGUCAUAACAGCGGCAUUUGAAGACAGGAGCCGCAAAAGAUAUACUCUUAGCAAAGAUGCUACUGCAGAAUCGUUUUUAAAAACGAUUUUAUCAGAUCCUACGAUAACAAAGCCACAAAAAGCAAAUGCAUGUCUUGUUAAAGAUGGCUAUGUGUACGAGCGUGAUGAUUUACUUACAUUAGAUUCCGGCGAAAAAGAGUUUUUGGUAAAUGUUGUUUGGGAUCCCUACAUACAGAGUAAUUCACCGAACAGUCUGCAUGGAUUGUUGGGUAUGUAUACUACUAAUUUGGACGAUGACAAUACAAUUAUCCUUGAUGAAGGAGCCGUUGACGAUCUUGCAGAUAUUUUCCCAAAUUUAUUCUUCCGGAGAAGAGAUACAAAUGAAUACAGAGUAUGCGGAUUUAUUGGUGUGCGUAGAUUUAUCAUUGGAUUCCUUCUUGGUUUGAUUUCAGGACCUCUUUCACUAGUCAUUCUUCCAUGCUACGAUUUUGAUAUCAGCAAUAUCUUAGGUAUAUGCUUGGGAGUUAUUGUAUGGAUUUUAGGCUUCCUUUUAGUUACUAUCAAAUUUUAA